AAACCAAAAUCCCACGCUCAACCCCAGUAGGGUUUUAGCCCGAACAGAGACAUUUCUCUCUAUCGAUAUCUCUCGGUCUCGAUCGAUGGCGCGCUCGUCAGCCUCCCGCCUCCUCUCCGCUCUCCACUCUCGGAACCCUAACCCUAACUUCGCCCCUUUCGCCAUCCUCCUAAUCAACGGCCCCUCCUCUGCAGCAGCCGGCAGCCGAUCAUACUCCGCCGUCGCGCGUGCAAAGGAGGAGAAGGAGGCAUGGUGGAAGGAGACGAUGGAGAAGAUGAGAAACAUCGGGAUCUCGGCUCACAUCGACUCGGGGAAGACGACGCUCACCGAGAGGAUACUCUUCUACACUGGCAGAAUCCAUGAGAUCCACGAGGUGAGGGGGAGAGAUGGAGUCGGGGCGAAGAUGGAUUCGAUGGAUUUGGAGAGGGAGAAGGGGAUCACGAUUCAGUCCGCUGCUACUUACUGCACUUGGAAUGGGUAUCAGGUCAAUAUCAUUGAUACUCCGGGUCAUGUCGAUUUCACUAUUGAAGUUGAAAGGGCUCUUCGUGUUCUUGAUGGUGCUGUCCUGGUCCUCUGUAGUGUUGGUGGCGUGCAAAGCCAAUCCAUAACAGUUGAUCGCCAAAUGAGAAGAUAUGAGGUUCCAAGACUUGCAUUCAUUAACAAGUUAGACCGAAUGGGAGCAGAUCCAUGGAAAGUGCUUAGUCAGGCAAGAUCUAAGCUUCGACAUCAUUGUGCGGCCGUACAAGUUCCAAUCGGGUUGGAAGAGGAGUUUCAGGGUCUCAUAGAUCUUGUAGAAUUGAAGGCUUAUUUCUUUCAUGGUUCCAAUGGCGAGAAAGUUGUGACGACUGAUAUUCCACCUGAUCUUGAGAAACAGGUUGACGAGAAGAGACGCGAACUAAUUGAAGUUGUCUCUGAAGUAGAUGAUAAACUUGCUGAAGCUUUUCUCAAUGAUGAGCCAGUGUCAUCUAAUGAUCUUAAGAUGGCAAUCCGCAGGGUCACUGUUUCACGGAAAUUCGUGCCAGUUUUCAUGGGAAGUGCAUUCAAAAACAAGGGUGUCCAAUCUCUUCUUGAUGGGGUGCUCGAUUAUUUGCCUUGCCCUAAUGAAGUUGAAAAUCACGCCCUUGACCAAAAUAAUUCUGAGGAAAAGAUUUCAUUAACUGGAACUCCAGCUGGGCCCCUUGUUGCUUUGGCUUUUAAAUUGGAAGAAGGCCGGUUUGGUCAAUUAACGUACCUAAGGAUCUAUGAGGGUGUCAUAAAAAAGGGAGACUUCAUCAUCAACGUAAAUACAGGGAAGAAGAUUAAGGUUCCUAGGUUAGUUCGGAUGCAUUCCAAUGAGAUGGAGGAUAUUCAGGAAGCUUAUGCUGGGCAGAUUGUUGCUGUUUUUGGUGUAGAUUGUGCAUCAGGUGAUACAUUUACAGACGGAUCUGUCAGAUAUACCAUGACUUCAAUGAAUGUUCCUGAGCCAGUGAUGUCCUUGGCUCUUUCACCUGUCUCCAAGGACUCUGGGGGACAAUUUUCAAAAGCUUUGAAUCGCUUUCAGAAAGAGGACCCAACAUUUCGAGUUGGUUUGGAUGCUGAGAGUGGGCAGACUAUUAUAUCGGGGAUGGGAGAGUUGCAUUUGGACAUUUACGUUGAACGCAUUCGGAGAGAGUACAAGGUUGAUGCAAAAGUUGGGAAACCUCGAGUUAAUUUUAGGGAGACAGUCACCCAACGUGCUGAAUUUGAUUAUUUGCAUAAGAAGCAAUCAGGAGGUCAAGGUCAAUAUGGACGUGUUUGCGGGUACAUCGAGCCUCUUCCAGUGGAUUCAGGCGCAAAGUUUGAAUUUGAGAAUAUGAUCAUAGGGCAGGCAAUACCAUCAGGUUUCAUCCCUGCAAUUGAGAAAGGUUUCAAAGAAGCAGCCAACUCGGGUUCGUUGAUAGGGCAUCCUGUUGAAAAUAUCCGUAUAGUCUUGACAGAUGGGGCAUCACAUGCUGUAGAUUCCAGUGAGCUUGCUUUUAAGUUGGCCGCAAUCUAUGCUUUUAGACAGUGUUAUACUGCAGCUAAGCCUGUCAUAUUAGAACCUGUUAUGCGGGUAGAAUUGAAAGUGCCAAUGGAGUUUCAGGGUAGUGUAACUGGUGACCUUAACAAGAGGAAAGGAAUGAUUGUUGGAAAUGACCAGGAUGGUGAUGAUACUGUAAUUGCUGCACAUGUGCCUCUGAACAAUAUGUUUGGAUAUUCAACAGCCAUUCGUUCAAUGACACAGGGCAAGGGUGAAUUCACAAUGGAAUACCUCGAACACUCACCAGUUUCUCAAGAUGUACAGAUGCAGCUGGUAAACACUUACAAGGCCAGCAAAAGUGAUACAGAAUAGCAACAGUAAUUACUGCGAGUCAAUCUACUGCUUCUGAUUUACCAAACGGAGUUCAUCUGUAGUGUUUGUUGUUCAAUAUAUGUCCAUGCUUUAGCCGAAGGCACAUAUAUUUUUGAUGAUGGUGACUGUAUUUUUUAAGGUGCAGGAAGUUCAUGUUCAAUUCAAUCUUACCGUUCUCAUAAAGUAAAAUCAUUCGUGUAACAUGUGUCUAAUCACAUUUUGCCAAAAUAAAAUGGAAAAGAAUGGUAUAUUUAUUGAUGUAUUCUGAUUUGAUUUCUUA